UCGUGUGCGCAGGCGCAGUGCGGCGGCGGCUCGCUGAGGGAAGGGCGAGCCGCGCUCCGUGCGGGGGGGACCGGCAAAGCUCCUCCGCUCCGACGCCGCCAUGGCCGGGCUGGAACACGGCACACAUGGAGGCACGGAGAGCGAACGGCCCGCUAUCUCGGCGGCGGCGAUGGCGCGGAUGGAGCGGAACCGGCGGCGGGCAUUAGCGCUGCGGCAGGCGCGGCUGGCGGCCCGACCGUACCCAGCCGCAGGAGGAGCGAGGGUACGGGGACCUGCCAAGGACGUGGACACGGGAGGGGGAUUCUUCCUGCAGGACGAGGAGGAGGAGCAGCACAGCGCCGACAGGAUCGUGCAUCCCCCCGCCCCCGUGCUAGAAUUUGACUAUCUCAUCUGUGGAGACUGUGGCAAAGAAUUCAUGGACUCGUACCUAAUGCAGCACUUUGAUUGGGCCACGUGCGAUAAUUGCAGAGAUACUGAAGAUAAACAUAAGCUCAUCACAAGGACAGAAGCAAAAGAAGAGUAUCUGCUUAAAGACUGUGACUUAGACAAGAGGGAGCCGGUGCUUAGGUUCAUUGUGAAGAAAAACCCUCAUAAUCCUCGAUGGGGUGACAUGAAACUGUACUUAAAACUGCAGGUAAUCAAGCGUGCACUGGAAGUGUGGGGGAGUGAGGAAUCCUUGCAAGAAGCAAAGGAGCAGCGCCGCGACAGCAGGGAGAAGAUGAAACAGAAGAAGUUUGAUAAGAAAGUUAAAGAGCUUCGCCGUGCGGUGAGGAGCAGUUUGUGGAAGAAGACAACUAGCAUCCAUGAGCAUGAAUACGGACCAGAAGAAAACAUUGACGAAGAUACAUACAAGAAGACGUGUACUGUAUGCGGCCAUGAAUUAACGUAUGAAAAGAUGUAACGUUGAUCUGUUUGUUAAAAUUAAUUAUCAUCAUUUUUAAUCGUAUUCUUUAUUAAAGAAAUGGCGAUUGGGAACAAGCUGUUAUCAAGCCCCAUGAAUAAUGCAGUGAGUUCUGCACAGAAGGUUAGGACUUCUCAGCUAGAUCUUGGGGUACAGCAUGCACUUCUGUAACAGGCUGGAAAUGGCUGCCUUGCAGGACGAGAAGCUGGCACUGUUACACUCAUUUUACAUGCUGAUGAAAUUUAAACAAGGUAAUUUUCCCUUGACUCGUCAGAGCUGAAGGAAGUCUCUGUAGUUGCUCCAGCUGAUGUCGGUUUGCCUCUCUGUGUCUCAGGCAGCCAGUUCCUAAGCUCCACCCAAGCGGUUAGAGUGCCACAAGGCUGGUUCUCCCUGCUGGUGGAGAUGGAGACCUCCAUCUUGAGAGAGGUUUCCUGUUUCAUGGGGAUUUUCAAAGGAAAGCACGGUGCUACAGCGUUCAGACAGGCUGCUGCCAUUUGUGUACUGUGAUGGCCUAAGUAUCCUUUACUGAUUUCUUUCACAUUUUGGACCAAAAAGAUGACUCUUAAUAAAGUAAAAGCAUGUCUUCAUUUACCA